UUGAAAUUGGUCACAGACUGUUCUGUCCGCCAUUUUCGUGACAGCUAGCUUCGGUUUGUGCCAUUACAGGCGUUCGACCUAGUAAUAUAAUUUGCCACUAAAUACUGAAGUUAGGCGAAAAACAUAUCUGUGUAAGAAAAUGUCGACCGAGCAGACCGAAAAUAUUACCGAGAAUGAAAGCCAGCCGCAGCCGCUUCAGCAGGCGCCGCCGCCGCAGCAGCAGCAGCAGCAGCAGCAGCAAGGAGAAAUGAAUGGGAAACCCAAGAAUGAAUCCAACUCUAGCAGGAAGGAGAGACCCCAGAAGAGAGGUGGACGCUAUGAGCCUUACUGCCUCCCAAACAAAAGAUACCGUGUUUUUGUCAGCAACAUCCCCUAUGAUGUGAAAUGGCAGGCCCUUAAAGACCUGAUGAAAGAAAAAGUGGGUGAGGUAACGUACGUGGAACACUUAAUGGACGCAGAAGGCAAAUCGAGGGGUUGUGCUGUUGUUGAGUUUAGGAACGAAGAACUAAUGAAAAAAGCAGUGGAAAAGGUCAACAAGCAUAACCUCAAUGGGCGACCUCUAAAAGUGAAAGAGGACCCUGAUGGAGUCAUCUCUCAGAGGGAAAUGAAUAAGUCUCAAGGUGGAGGCCCACCAGGAAGCCACGGUGGCAUGGGAGGAAUGGGCGGCAUGGGAGGAAUGGGCGGCAUGGGAGGAAUGGGCGGCAUGGAUCGAAUGGGCCCUGGACCAAAUGGUCCCAUGGUUAGCAUUCCCCCCAGCCUGAUGAACAACCCAAACAUCCCCAACGAGAUUAUCCAUGGUCUCCAGGCUGGCAGGAUUGGCAGCACUGUUUUCGUGGCUAAUCUUGACUACAAAGUGGGGUGGAAGAAGCUGAAAGAAGUCUUCAGCAUGGCAGGCAUGGUGGUGAGGACAGAUAUCCUGGAGGACAAGGAAGGCAAAAGCAGAGGCAUGGGCACAGUAACCUUUGAAAUGCCCAUUGAAGCAGUCCAAGCUGUCUCUAUGUUUAAUGGGCAGCUCCUGUUUAACAGAACCAUGCAUGUCAAACUGGAUGAGAAAUCCCUCCCCAAAGAUUUCGGACCACCAGACAGAGCAGCUGCUCUUCCUCGUGGCCUGAGUGGAGUGGGUUUGGGCCUGGGACCUGGUGGUCAGCCUAUUGAUGCUACCCAGCUCAACAGAGGAGGUGGUGGUGGAGGGAUGGGCAACAUGGCCCCAGGAGGAAUGGAUGGAAUGGGAUUUGGCAACAUGGGAGGUCGCAUGGGGGGGGGAAUGGACAACUUUGGAGGAGUGAAUAACAUGGAUCGAUUCGGUUCUUCAGGGAUGGGCAGAAUGAAUGAGAUGGACCGUGGGAUUGGUGGUGCUUUUGACAGGGAAUUUGGGCGAAAUGAAAUGGGAAUGUCUCGCAAUAAUUUUGGAGACUCCUUUGAAAGAGGAAUGGGAAACUCCCUGGGUAUGGACCGCAUGAGCUCUGGAAUGGACCGCCUUGGAGGUAACAUGGAUCGCAUGGGAGGGAUGGGCAUGGACAGGGUCGAUCGAGUGUCUGACAUGGACCGGUUGGGAUCAGGGUUUGACCGAAUGGGCUCAGGGAUGGACCGGCUGGGACCCAGUAUGGACAGGCUUGGACCAGGCCUGGACCGUAUGACCUCCGGCAUGGACCGCCUGGGCCCUGCAGGAUUUGACCGCAUGGGACCGUCAACUUUGGAUCGCAUGGGUACCAGCAUGGACUUUGGCUCUCCAAUGGGUAUGGAUCGCAUGGGCAACACUGGGCUUGACAGAAUGGGAAGCGGCUUUGAUCGCAUGGGAUCUGCAGGGGGACUCGACCGUUUUCCCUCCACUGGCAUUGACCGCAUGAGCUCUGGCAUGGACCGAAUGGGAUCUGGAGGUGUUGGAGGUCAGUUUGACCGCUCUGGUGACAUGGAUCGUGGAUUUGGUGGGAAUUCCUUUGGAGGAGCAGGGACUGGGGGGCCAGUAACUGGUGGCAGCAAUAUCCGUAAGGGAUGCCAGAUCUUUGUCAGAAAUCUGCCAUUUGAUUUCACCUGGAAGAUGCUGAAAGACACCUUCAAUACAUGCGGUAUGGUCCAGUAUGCGGAUAUUAAGAUGGAGAAUGGCAAGUCCAAGGGCUGUGGUGUGGUUCGCUUUGACAACCCUGAAACUGCUGAGCGCGCCUGCCGGACCAUGAAUGGCUAUCGGCUGAGUGGAAGAGAGAUUGAUGUUAGGAUUGAUAGAAACGCAUAAGUUGUUUCUGUGUCACAUUGGUGUCCACUCUUCAUUAUUUGAAUUACCCCUCAGCAGAUUUGGUUUGGUAGAUGUUUGUAACAAUGCAAGUGUUAUUUUAGUUAGUCAUUUGUAGCACUGAAUGUUUUUAGUUUCUACUUAAAUUUUACUUUUUUUUUUUUAGAGACCAAACUUUUAUUGUUUUCUUUUUUUCUUUUUCUGUCAUGCUUAACCUGUCAUUGCCUUUAUUAUAUAAGGUGUUUUGAUAAAUAAAUCUCAACAUAUGAAACCCUU